AGAAGGAGCGCGCCUGCGUGUGGACGCGCCUGCGUGUGGCAGGUGCCGGCGGUGGCAGUGGCAGCAGCCGCGUCCACCUGAGGGGAGAACCGCCGCUGCGCCCUGGCGCGCCUUCCUGCCGCCGCCGCCGCCCUCCUCCUGCUCUUCUUCUUCCUCGCUCCCUGCACCAUGAGGGAAGAGGCGCCGCCGUCGCCGCCGUGAGCUGCUCGGCCGCUUCCUCACCGUCCUCCAGGCGAGGCGUCCCCCUCGCCGCCGCCGCCCGUCCUACCCCGCGGGAAGCUAUGAGCCAUGAAGCCGCCUGGCAGAACUUCCCUCCGGCGGCAGAAGCAGCAGCAGCAGCAGCCGCCCUUCUCCGGCCGCCGCCGCCGCCUCUCGAGCUCCGCCGCCGCCGCCUUGCUUUGCCGGGCUCGGCUGCCCAGCUCCAUCCCCCUCCUCUUUCUGGCGCUCCUGCUUUUCUGCUCAGGGUCCCCCAGGAUCUGCGGGGUCGCUGCGGACGCCGCUCUGCAUUGGAAUGAAACUGCAGAAGAACUAGAAAAAAGCCAGGCAGACGAAGAUACUGCAUUUCAACAGACUAACAGCAGUAGCUACAAAAAUAACAGUCGAAGCAGUGCAUUCCAGAAAGAAAUCACAUUGCCUUCAAGACUUGUAUAUUAUCUCAAUAGAGACUCUGAAAGUCCUUAUCAUGUCUUGGAUACAAGGACAAGGCACCAGCAAAAACACAAUAAGGCUGUGCAUCUGGCUCAGGCAAGUUUCCAGAUUGAAGCCUUUGGAUCUGAAUUUAUUCUUGACCUCUCCCUGAAUAAUGAUUUAUUAUCCUCUGAUUAUGUGGAGAUUCAUUAUGAGGAAGGAAAACCACAAUAUUCAAAGGGAGGAGAACACUGUUACUAUCAUGGGAACAUCAGAGGUGUCGAGAACUCCAAAGCUGCGCUUUCAACAUGCAAUGGACUCCAUGGUAUGUUUGAAGAUAAUUAUUACCUAUAUUUGAUAGAGCCUUUGGAAUUGACUCACAGUACGAGAAGUACAGGCAGACCACAUGUCAUCCAGAGGACGUUGGGAACAAAUACUUCCAAGCAAUUGGAAGACCUUGAUUAUGACUCUACUUCUGAAUGGCCCUUCCUGUCUGAGUUGCAGUGGCUAAGACGGAAAAGAAGGAGGAGAGCUGUUUCCCGCGGCAUAUUUGAAGAAAUGAAAUACUUGGAGCUCAUGAUUGUUAAUGACUAUAAAAUGUUUAAAAAGCACCGAUCGUCCCAUGCUUACACGAACAACUUCGCGAAAUCUGUGGUAAAUCUUGUGGAUGCUAUUUACAAGGAGCAGCUGAAUACCAGGGUUGUUUUGGUUGCUGUUGAAACCUGGUCGGACAGAGAUCGUAUAAAUGUCCACCCUGACCCAAGACAGAUGCUUCAUGAUUUUUCCAAAUAUCGACAGAAUUUCAUCAAGCAGCGCGCUGAUGCUGUACACCUUCUCUCGAAUGUGACAUUUCAUUACAAAAGAAGCAGCCUGAGCUAUUUUGGAGGAAUUUGUUCUGUGUCUAGAGGUGUUGGAGUAAAUGAGUAUGGCCUACCCUGGGCGAUGGCACAGGAACUAUCCCAAAGUCUGGCUCAGAAUUUAGGAAUACAGUGGGAGCCAGGGGCCAGAAAACCAAAAGGAUGUGAGUGCACAGAAUCCUGGGGUGGAUGCAUCAUGGAGGAAACAGGUGUCUACCACCCCAGAAAAUUCUCAAGGUGCAGCAUUGCAGAAUACAAAGAUUUUUUGCUCCGAGGGGGAGGUUCCUGUCUUUUCAACAAGCCAACAAAGUUGUUUGACACCACUGAAUGUGGAAAUGGGUAUGUGGAACCAGGAGAAGAUUGUGAUUGUGGUUUCCAAACGGAUUGCAAAGCAGAUCUGUGCUGUAAGAAAUGCUCACUUUCUAAUGGAGCUCAUUGCAGUAAUGGUCCAUGUUGUAAUGAAACCUCCUGUCUUUUCUUUCCCCGAGGCUUCGUAUGUCGCUCUCCAGUGAAUGAGUGUGAUAUUACAGAGAUCUGUCCUGGGGACUCUGGCCAGUGCCCACCAAAUCUUCAUAAGCAAGAUGGAUUUGCUUGUGAUGCAAAUCAGGGUCGUUGCUACAAUGGAGAAUGCAAGACGAGAGAUAAUCAGUGCAAAUACAUCUGGGGAACGAAGGCUUCAGGAUCUCAUAAACACUGUUACGAGAAGCUAAACACAGAAGGCACGAAAAAGGGAAACUGUGGAAAGGAUGGAGAGAAAUGGAUUCCAUGCAACAAGCAUGAUGUGUUCUGUGGGUUAUUGCUUUGUGCAAAUCUUGAUGGCGUUCCACGAAUUGGUCACCUUCAGGGAGAAAUUAUCCCAACUUCUUUUUUCCACCAAGGUGUAGUAGUGAAUUGCAGUUGUGCCCACGUACUUUUAGAUGAUGAUACAGAUUUAGGAUAUGUUGAAGAUGGAGCUCCAUGUGGUCCUCAGAUGAUGUGUAUGGACAGAAGGUGUCUGUCUAUCCAGUCUCUGAACAUAAGCAGCUGCCCUAUUGGUGCUAAUGGAAAAGUUUGUUCUGGACAUGGGGUAUGCAGCAAUGAAGCCACCUGCAUUUGUAACUAUACCUGGGCAGGGACAGAUUGUAGCAUGCAUGACCCCAAAAGGAAAGAAGAAGCAGAGAAACCAAAUGGACCAAAGGAAAUGUCAAAAAGAGAAGAUACGAUCCAAGUCAGCAGGGUAUCUAAGGAACUCCUUGGAAGAGCUUUUCUGUGCAUUAAUGGAUUCCAGAUAUGGUGGCUUUUUGUAGUAGCUGCACAGAAAGUACGUCACUGCAGAAGAAAAUUAAGACAAGCGAUUUACUACAAAUGGCAAGUGGAGAUGCUUAUGAAAGGGCUGAAGGAAAACUUGUCCUUUUCGGAGAUUCAAAUUUAAGGACUCCCUCCACUCAUUUCUCCUUUUUUUAAGGUGAUAAGAAGCGGGACAAAUGUUAUAAAUGAACUAUUUUGGCCGAACUUUUUUAAAUACAAAGAACAGAGCAAACAAAUCAAGUGCAAUAAGAGAACUGUUUCAAAAUAGUCAAAUAGGUAAAAAGUUUCAUAACUGAUAACUUGAGUUCGCAUGACCUUUUAAUAUUAACGACAGACUCCAGUGGCAUGAUAAGCUAACUUUUGAAAUGGUAAACUGCAUGGCAUAUAUACAGCAAACGAGCUAACAAGCUGACCCCAAGCCAAGUCUGCAUACCAAGAAAACAAACCAAAACUUAGAAAUGCUGAUUCUGGGUACUUAGGAAAUCACGUUCCACCAAGAUACACUAUUCUCCAAGUUGUACAACCCCUUCCUAAUAUAUAUCCCUCAUUCAUCUCAAUUUUAUUUUGGGGGCAACCUUAUUUAUGGUCCUGCAGGUCUUGUAUAGUUUUCAAAAUAAAAAUGAGCCAUUUUUGCCAUGCCAUUCUCAUAUAAUGACACAUUUUCCUAAGGGUUUUGUUCUAUGUGUGAUUCUAUCUUCUCGGGUUGUAAAGCUUUCUUAAAACAUUGCUCCCCUUUUAAGUUUUUGUAGCAUGUUGUAUAGCGGGGGUUCUGGGCUUGCUCUAAAAGGCAUAUCGCAUGCAGACACCGGGAGUUCUAGCAGAAAACAGGCGUGCUUUUUAAAUUUGUAUGCUUGAAACCAAAAACCAAAAAGAAAAACACCCACCCAUCCAAAACCUAUUAAUAUGUAUAAAGUGCAUAUGUAUGCAAUGAAUCUUUUCAAAUGCAUUAUUUGCUGUCAUGCAGAUAUUUUGUAUAUAGUGUAAGAAGUCAACACCCUCUCAAAUCAAUCACAGAAGUGCCAAGCUUAUAACUCUUUUAAUUUUACCAUCUGUUUUCCUUUCUCUAUCUCACAUUAUACGAAAGGAAAAGAAGCCUAAAGAAGCCUUAAAUACCCAUAAAAAUACUGAGAGCUUUUAGCAGGUUAAGGCUUUCCCAUGUAUUGUUUUAUAGUCCCCAGCACCACCUCACCUCCCAGGUCCACAUCCGUUUAUAAAAGUGAUCCCAAUAGCCAUGUCUCUUUGAGUUUACCUGCGUAGUAUGUUUCAAGUCACAGCCUCGAAUGUUACUUCCUAGACUAUUUGUGGUUACUGUCAUGGCUCAGCUCCCUUUGGCCAAAUAAGAAAGGUAUCAUUGUAUAUGUUCAGGUAGCGCUUCUCCAUGCUUAAGCACAGCAGGGGGCUUAGGUGUGCAUUAUUCUCCCUCCCCUGGCCCACAAGUCUCUGAGCACUGCUAUCAGGUGUUAUCACAGAUGCGAAGAGCAGCAGUGGCAACUGCCAUUAGCAUGCCACAGUUGCAUUGUGAAUAAGGCUGGCUGGGCUACACGUCUGCACGGUGCUUGUGAAAAGGCUUUAUGCCGAAGUCCAGAUCAACGUCCUGCUGCACUGCUGCUGCAAAAACGCUUGCCAGUUUUCCACGCCUUUAGUGGCAAGUCAUUCUACAUUUAGCCAGCUAUGAUUUUCAAGAUGGCAAGUAUCUCGUAACCCGAUUCCUACUGCAUCAGAUGGAUAUGAAUAGAGAGUGUUGUACAUGCUUAGUCUGGUUCUCAUUUAUGUCAUUGGUGGGCUACUUUCUGAUUACAAUUGGCCUUUGGUGUAGUGGUUAAGAGUGGUGGACUCGUAAUCUGGUGAACCGGGUUCGAUUCCCCGCUCCUCCACAUGCAGCUGCUGGGUGACCUUGGGCUAGUCAUACUUCUUCUGAAGUCUCUCAGCCCCACUCACCUCACAGAGUGUUUGUUGUGGGGGAGGAAGGGAAAGGAGAAUGUUAGCCGCUUUGAGACUCCUUAAAGGGAGUGAAAGGCAGGAUAUCAAAUCCAAACUCUUCUUCUCUUCUUUGGUUUGUACUCUAAAAGCUUUCAUUCUGGUUACAAUUAUUCAGGUAUCCUAGUAUCAUUCAGCUGCUCCGGUAAAAAUGACCUCCAGUGUAUAUUGAUGUAAACAUUUUGCCCUUUUAAAAUUAUUUCCCCCAUUGCAUAAUUUGGAAUGGUCUUUAAAACGAAGGAGGCUGUGAUACUUUUAAAUUUACAUUGAGUUAGAUUUUGAAUUUAACUGUAGGCAUUAAGUUAAUGAAGUAAUGGGAGGGGAGUGAUAUUUUUCAUUCCUCAAGCUGCAGUAGCUGUUGUAGAUUAUCACAGUGGCCCUCACCCUAUAAUCCUAUAACGUUUUAAGGGCAAGUCACAGCGGUUUAGUGAGUGACAGUUUUCACAGAGUUAUAUACCUGAUUAAAAUGUACUAAAGACGCAGUGGGAAGGCAGUGUUACUGGAAUGCAUCUUGAUUCACAAUGCUCUAAUAAAGGCAGUCUUGCAGGCUAUGUAUCUUACUUCCCUUCUUAGAUCUGAGUCUCUAAAAGCAAACCAUUACCUGGGUCACACUUAGUGGUAAGGCAAACCAUAGCUUAGUGCAAGUGGGCUCGUUUCCAGAGAGGAGCUGAAGGCUGCAUUGCACCUAUUGGGGUCUUGCUACUGAUCUGUGCUAAGCCAUGGUUUGGCUCAGAUGACCUGCUAAGCCAAACCAUGGUUUAACUCACUGCAACAAGAGGACCGGAGGAGGAGCGAUUGGCUGCAGUCUCUGGAAUCCUUCAUGCUUGGGUUGAGCCAUAGUUUGGCCUAGUGUUACGGGCAAACUGAGCCAAUGUGUUCCCUUUCAGGUCUUCCCACUUGGAUCACGAUAUCGAUCAGCAGAGCUAUCUUGCUUCAUGUCACUUUGCUUUUGACCAUCUCUGGGAUAAGGGUAUCUAAAUUGGUGCUGGGGUCUCCUUUUUGGUUCUGUUCUGGGAGCGACGUGGUAACCACAGUAGACAACGCCAUUCAAUAUGGUUCUAAAAAUCAGAUUGUUGUAUUUUUUAAAAAAUCUUGAAGUGAUUCAAAAAAAACAUUGUAAAUGUGCGAUGUGAUGUUUUUAAUCAGACCACACUGGUCCCCAAUUAUGUAUAUAUGGUAAGAGUUGGUGUAACUUUUUGUUACACUGGCAGUUUCAUAAGAAAUAUUAUUUCUUGUCUAAAUUUCUCCUCUGCUGUUCUGUUAUGUGUAUGUGUGUUUAAAAUACACAAAUUUUAUGUAUAGAAUGUAAAUGACCACGCAACCACAUAGCUCACAGAAGUGGAUUGUAAUGUUUUCUGUGGUACUAGAGUUAUAUAAUCAAACCUGUUAAGGUAGGUACUUACUUUUUUAGAAUUCAUUUACCACAUUUUAAAGAGAACAUAUGUUGCCUAUGUUACUUGCCUUUUUUCUUUUUUUUACCACAACCAGUGUCAUUUUAAUGGUGUUUUGACAGAAUAAAUGUUAAGUUACCAUUUCAUCCACUAUUCUUCUGUUCCAUAAAAAGGGUUCAUCCUGACAGGAAAAUGUAUGGAAAUUUUAUAUAGCUUAUGUUGAUAUGCUGCAUGACCCCACUGAAUUGAGCAAAUUCUCUACAAGGGGAAAGCUCCACUACGCAAAUUGAGUAUAUAUAUAUAUACAUAUAUAAAUAUUCUAGGUGCAUGUUAUAAUAAAUUACAUAGAACUGGAGUUUUACAAAGUUUUCUUUACUAUGCAAUGAUAGGUAUUGCACAAACUUAAAAUUCAAAGACAAAUGUCUGAGGAACUUUACAAAAGAAUACUUGAAUUUAUUUUUGAUCUAAGAAGCUUUCAGUCAUAUUUUAUAUUCAUUGUUGCUUCCACUAUUAAUCUUCCUUUAAAAUUGUUUGUAAUUCUUUUUAAAAUGCACAAUAUGACAAACCAGUUUUUGUUUGAAGUUAAUACUCAUUCAUACCUUGUUGGCUGCUGAUGAAUGGAAAUUCAGUUGUCAUUGUUCUGCAUAUUAGUUAAAUGAGUAUUAAAGACUUCAUGAACAUGGAAA